AUGAAUGCAUUUGGUAUAAAAAAUAAUAGGUUUUAAUAAAAGGCUGUAAUAAAAAAAUAAGAUUCAAUAGAAAAGUAAAAUAAUCUAGAUAAGUAAUAAUAAAAUAAGAUUUCACAACAAUCAUAAAAUGAAUCAAAAAUUAUACAAAAUAGAAAAGAAUCAAUUACAGUUAUAGGUCCAACAACCCCAAUAUUGGAAUGUCAUGUACCAAUAUUUGAACCAGCUAAAUUCAUUAAUGAUAUUAAAAAUAAAAAAUUAUGA